AUGCCAUUGGUUUUGAAGCCGUUGAAGUCGCUGGCGAAGCAGUUCGCACGGAUAUCAAAGCUGUCAGCUCGACACCCAGUCCAUGUCAUUCUUGUGACCGUCUUUGUAUCAGCAUUGGCGUAUCUGUCGGUGGUGCGAAGCUACUUUAAUGGGUGGCAGCUAGAUUCUAAGAGCAUUUUUGCCAGUAACACUGAUGCCCUACAAUUGCAGGAUGAAUGCGCGCAUUUCUAUCAUGCUAGCAAUUCUGACUCGUGGACAAAACUUUCAAAUGAUGAACUCGCGUCCGCAUCGUUCUCAGAGCACUACUACCUGAUGCAACUUGAUUUCAAGACGCCAAAUGAUACUCAAUUCCUGCCCGAUUUAUCCAACGUUGUUUUCGAAAAUGGCAGUACACGUUACGUGCUGCAAGCGGAUCUUUCCUUGCUCAAAGACCUGCAGGCAGGCGAUGGAACCACAUGGAGGCUCAGACCUCAUCGCUUCCGUCUCCAGGACACAAAUGCUGUGGUAGCGUCUUUUCUCAAAUCUGUCGUGGAAAAGCUGCAAGGAGCCGAGACUUUUGACGUCUUUAUUAUCGCAGCGGCCUAUGCGGCCAUGCUUUACACCUUUGUCAGUUUGUUUGUUGUUAUGAAGAGACGAACUGGGUCCAAAUUCUGGAUUGCGCUCUCUGCCGUGGCAUCCUCGACCAGUGCCUUCAUUCUCGCCCUUUACACCAGUCAGGUUCUACUCGGAAAAACUGUUACUCUUCUGAGUUUGAUCGAGGGUGUUCCUUUCAUCGUGGUCAUUGUAGGGUUCAAUCAUAAAGUGAGACUUGCUUCUUUCUUACUGGAUUACUUCAGAAAGCACGGUAUUUCCCAUCAGUUCGAUACUUCCGAAAUUGUGUAUCUCGCUGUGAAGGAAGAGGGUGGCCGUCUUCUUCAAGACCAUCUGUUGAGCAUAGUUGCAUUUAUCGGCGGCUCUAUAUAUGCACACGACCUUGAUGUCUUGAGGAACUUUUGCAUACUGGCAUCGCUCGUCUUGAUAUAUGAUUUACUUUUGACUUGCACCUACUACGCGUCUAUUCUUGGGCUGAAACUGGAAAUCAACAUCAUCCACCGUUCCAUUUUGAUAAAAGAAACAUUGGAAGAAGAUGGUGUUAUUAAAAAAACGGCGGAAUCUGCCUCCACUGCUGAUACUCCAACAAAAGUUACUAUUUUCACGUCGAACACUAGUAUCGUGUUGCUGAAACUAUCCGUUGUGUUAGCUUUUGUGGGACUCAACUUCUAUAGUUUUGGAGUAAGAUGGACGUACCAGACCGUUAGUGCCUUGUACUCUCGACCUUCUAGCCUUGUGCUGCCAAAUUUCAUUUCCCAAACCGUGAAGAACAACUAUCCUAGCGGGGUCGUUGUAUCUGUUGUGCCUCCUCAACAUUACCAACCUAUGAAGGUGUAUCUCCAAGUUGAGGAUUUGAUACUUUCCACCUUACGUUAUUUCAGUGUUGCGAUUCGUGAUAGACUGAUCAGUAAACUUGUCUUGUUUGCGCUUGUUACUAGUGCUUCAAUCAACAUCUACUUGCUAAAUGCUGGAAGAAUCCAUACCGAGUUUACAGCCAAGCAAUUGAAGCAAUACAGCGCGAAGAAGAAGACAGCAAUAAAGCAAAUUAAUCAUACCGCUCCGCAGGAUAGCAAGCUUUCGGCGUCAUCCUCGGUUACGUCGAUAGAAACCAACACCGCAAUCGAGGAUGACAGUGAAAGCGAACGCGAAGACAAAGUGGUCAGAUCUUUGGAUACGUUAGUGGACCUCAUGAAAUCUGGUGCUUUGAAGACCUUGAACAACAGGGAGAUUGCUACUUUAGUUGUUGGCGGCAAGUUGCCAUUAUAUGCUUUAGAGAAACAACUGGGGGAUACUCUACGCGCUGUCAUUGUUCGUCGUAAAGCUCUUGCGCGGCUCGCAGAUGCUCCUGUCCUUGAAACAAACCGUUUGCCUUUCAGACACUAUGAUUAUGACCGUGUACUUGGUGCUUGCUGCGAAAAUGUAAUCGGUUAUAUGCCUCUUCCUGUAGGCGUCAUUGGGCCUUUGGUUAUAGACGGCGUUCCUUAUCACAUUCCUAUGGCAACUACUGAAGGAUGCUUGGUAGCAUCGGCUAUGCGCGGAUGCAAAGCGAUCAAUGCUGGCGGUGGCGCUACCACAGUAUUAACCAAAGACGGUAUGACAAGAGGACCUUGUGUAAGAUUUCCAACCCUGGUCAGAGCUGGUGCUUGUAAGAUUUGGAUUGACUCUGACGAAGGACAGAACAAGGUCAAGAAAGCUUUCAAUUCCACAUCACGGUUCGCUCGUUUACAACAUUGUCAGACCGCAUUGGCUGGCGACCUACUAUUUAUUCGUUUCAGGACCACAACUGGUGAUGCGAUGGGCAUGAACAUGAUUUCCAAAGGUGUAGAACACGCGCUCAAAUUGAUGGUAGAGGAAUUUGGUUGGUAUGAUAUGGAAAUUGUGUCUGUUUCCGGGAACUACUGUACCGACAAAAAACCCGCGGCCAUCAACUGGAUCGAGGGUCGUGGUAAAAGUGUGGUUGCCGAGGCGAUUAUCCCUGGUGACGUUGUGCGUAAGGUGCUAAAGAGCGAUGUGAAAGCUUUGGUGGAGUUGAACAUUGCUAAGAAUUUAAUCGGUUCGGCGAUGGCAGGCUCAGUGGGUGGUUUCAAUGCGCAUGCAGCCAACUUGCUAACCGCGGUAUAUCUGGCGUUAGGCCAAGAUCCUGCACAAAAUGUAGAAAGUUCCAACUGCAUAACGCUAAUGAGCGAGAUUGACGGGGAUCUGCGGAUCUCAGUUUCUAUGCCAUCGAUCGAGGUUGGUACUAUAGGUGGCGGAACAAUACUGGAGCCUCAGUCUGCGAUGCUGGAUCUGCUUGGGGUCCGGGGGCCACACCCCACGUCUCCCGGUGACAAUGCUCGCCAGCUGGCCAAGGUUGUAGCUUGCGCGGUACUCGCCGGUGAACUUUCGCUAUGUGCUGCUCUGGCUGCCGGCCACUUGGUUCAAAGUCACAUGAUCCACAACCGUGGGAAGGGAGCAACCUCAGCCGUUACUGGUGCUUCUGCUAAAGCGGGAUUGCCUGCUGCCGGGGCAACGACGGCAACGAACGGUGACGUUAACCGUUUGAAAGAGGGUUCUGUCACCUGCAUCAAGUCCUAA